UAACGCUGCAGCGAACAGUUGAAUGUUCCUGUGUCUAAAACUAUUCAGGCCGUUAGUCGUCGGCUUCUGAUCGUGAAGGCUUAGGUUGGCGCCAAGGCAGGUCAAAUGAAGAUUUGUGAUGGACAAAGUGACACCGGGACAGGUAUUACCGAAGGUUUCGUUUUCCCCUGUCAACAAUUAUUCCACCGUGGUUCCAUAUUCGCUCUUGUAUCAUCUGGAGGGUGAACAAAGUGUGCAUUGGCUGCCCAGUUCCAGAUAUACGUAAUCACAGUCUCGCCACAUUGCAAAAAUAAAAUCUUCUUGGUUGAAUUUCUCAAAAUCUGUUAACAUAAAAGUGUGAACUCUGAAGGUAUUCUUAAUGUGAUUUUCUUCCAUCCUCUGUUGCUUCACUUUUCUUAAGUCAAAAUAGAAGGUUCUUGUGGAAACGAAAAGGAACUUUAUUGAACGAAGGUAUCGUUUUCGUAGAAUAAGUGAAGUUGAAAUAGGCCCUAUUUUCGUUGAUGCUUUGUUUCAAAUUAUUUUGAAAUAUUUUCUUAAACACAGCUAUAUUGACGCUCGUAUACUGUGUAAGUUUAUCAUUUCUCAAUACUUACUAUCCUUUCCACAAGUAAACUCAGCGUGUCAAGCACAGAGCGCUCAGAGAGAAGAAUGAAAGCAGAAUCGAAUGUUUGUAAACAAUUACGAAAACACAUCUCAGUUCAUUCUCCCCAAAGCCUGACUUAAUAAUCAACCAGCCAGGAAGUUACACGGGCCUCAGUGUAAUAACUAAAUUUCGAACAGUUUGUACUUUACGCGAAAUACUUUUCAAGAGCCGACAUUGGUAAUCAUGUACCGACAUGACUGACAUCUUUAGGCGGGACUGAAGACUGCUCAUAAUUCUGUUGUCCACUUCAAUCAGGAAGUUGCAAUUUUAGUGCAAGUUAACCUGUCAACGUGGAGCGUUGUGUUUUACCGUGUUUAUUUAAGUGUGAUAGCUAGUGUGUAACAUCUUUAAGUUACUUUUAUAGUUAUUUACAAGUGUUGGUGAUUUCUUAUUACUUAAGUGAAAUUAAACGUACCUGUUUCAAGAUUAUUUAGGGACCACUUGCAUCAUUUCGCACGUUGAACACCAACGUUCAUGAUCGCUUUUACAUCUCUUUCAACACAAAGUACUACACCACGAAGAGUGCUAUUGCACUGAAUUUAGUCUGUGUAAAAACUCUUUGGACACAAGCUAGGUCUAUAUUAUAGUAAAACAAUAUGGUUGUGUCUUGCUGCUGACCGGUUUGUUUUCGUGAUACACGUAUUUCUUUACGAGCAGAGUUUAAACUUUGAAGUGUGCGUUGACCAGUAACUCUUUGUACUCUUAAAGAAUGAACAUAUACAGCGACAAUGACUCUAAAAGUGUUUGUGAAAACUUUUGCAAGCCAAUGUUUCCGUUGUUCGUCGACGAUGUAGGACUUCGAACCUGGGGACACAGCGAGAGGAGCUACACGCAGUCUACAGGCGAUCACGUAUCGGUUGCUCAAAUAGAACAUGACCAACUGGAUGCUGGCUAUGGAGAAAAAGGUGCUCGCAGCUUGAAGCUAACCAUCCAGUGAAGUUUUCCUUCAACUCUUUAGGAAAAUAGUGUUUAGGCACCGUCAUGAACUCCACUCCACUGCGUCUUCCUUAUAAAGAUUCAGCAUAGGCAAGUAACUGGGCUGCCUUUGGUUUGCCUUACUGCGGAGCUUAAAAAAGAAUCGUUGAAUUUCUUUCGUUUCUCGUUUCAUUUUCUGCGAGCGUCUUCAUGAACUUACACAUCAACCGUCAGAGAUCAGUGAAGUGGAAAACAAUUUUCUACUUUAUUCGUCAAGUUUUAUGACGUUCUCACUUUAUAAGCUUCUCAUCAUGAUUCGUUACGUCUCGUGUUUUGAAAGAAGGCCGUAUACGUUUCAAUGAAUUAUUUUCGUGGCUAAGGAAGUUUACAGAACAAUUUUUACUGAACUGCUUGUGAGAAAAAAAGCUUUAGAUCGUACUUGUAAAUUUAACAUAUGAAAGGAUUUCUUUUUAUGUCUGUUUUGAACGAAGACGAACUUAACAUAGUGAAAAUGCGUGUUGAAUCAUUUUAAUAUUAUUGCUUAAUCGGGUAUAUUACAUAUGAAAAGAUUAUAAAUGACUGUUACGAAGGUAGUUCUGAAGAGAAACUUGCAGUAUCAAAUGAGGGAAGAAAAUACGUUAUAAGCACAAAUUUAACACAAACCAGUUUUUAUUUAUGAAAACUUUACAGCGGUGUAAGAGAAACUUUAGGUAAUUCCGGGAUCAAUAUCCACAACAGUUACACAUGUUCUGAAACUCCGUAAUUUUCAGCGUGGACCGCAGGCAACAAAACCUUGUUUAACAAAGGAGCCAGGGUUCCAGAGGCAAAGAAUGAUAAUGCAGAAGAAAGGAGACAGACGGAUAUUUGUUUGAUUCAGCAUAUUUAAUUUGGGGGAUUUCAUUUCUUAAGAACUGUAACCUAAACGAACUUCGGUGUCAGAACACUGUUAAAUGAAUACUAAAUCCUUUUGAACAUGGCAGAUGUUUAAUUUUUGUGGGCAGCGAUAAAGUAUUUUUCUAAGACACGAUUUGUACUUCGACUUGAAAUAAGUAUAUAUAUUCUAAUGUUGCAAUAUAUGCACAAAUGUCUGACGCAGUUUUAAUCGAUCUGUAGAGGACUGUGAGUAAAUUAAUAAUUGCGAAGUGGAAGAAAUAAAAAGCUGUAAGUUGGACGCCAUUUUGCGACCGCCGUGCAAUUGUCGAGAUGAAGAGGAAGAAGGCAGACUGUCAACCUCACAGGAACAAAACGCUUUGAGUGAGGCUCCUCGCCGGCACUCCAUGGCACUUCGUGACGUCACCAGCGUGUGGUACUGUCUUCUUGUGCUUGUGGUUGGCCUACUUAUCCUGGUGACGGCGGAAAUGUUUAUGACGAAGGAGCAAAGAACCGCUGUAAGUGGUUCUCACACUUCCCGGACUGUGUUGUUUCUGCGAGAGCUCUGCUUCCAGCCCCAAGAGAAUGUCACAAGACUACAGGAGCUGGCAGCUCAGUACGUCGGUUCGGUGGACGACGGAGACCCCAUACAACUGGAUAUACUCUCAAAGUCAGCCGUGUGUGAAGAUAGGCUCGGAGGGCUGACAGCGCUGCUGGAAGCUCUGACUGACAGGAGUACGACAGCACUGAUUGGCUCUGUGGACCCCGUGCUGUGCGAGACCGUGGCGAAACUGGCGGCCCGCAGAACCAAAUCUUUUAUUACCUGGAGCUGCCCGCAGAGCCCUCUGUCGGAUAGAAAUAAGUACUCCACGUUCUACAGGCUUGUGCCGUCUUUGUCGGCUACUGCCAACGCCCUCGUCACAAUUGUCAGUCACUUCCGGUGGAAAUACAGUGCCAUCAUCACAGCAGACACGGGCUGGUGGCUUCCGUUAGCUCACACCGUUGAUUUGACCCUGAGGAGGGAGGGCUUCGUGGUCCGUCAUCUUGUCAUACUACCCGAUAUCUCGAUGUCCGUUGAAAGACUAACUGCUAAGUUAGAGCCGCUGAAAACCUCGCCUUGUAGGGCGAUCAUUCUCUGUCUUCCACUUCUGGGCUCAGCGCUAACAGACAAUCUUCUCUUAGCCAUCAGUUCGCUUAGGUUGGCUCAUCUGCCGAACACCACUCUGAUCGCUGUUCACUUGACAUCGGUCACACCAUUCCUUCCUGUCCCUCCAACAAGCUCAGAAUCAUCCUCCAUCCACGAGCCCACCAUGAUCGCACCAACUACGCACACUUCAAGUCCUGAAGGCUACACAUAUCUCCAAAACCCUCGACAUAACGCGAGGCUUUCUCAUAAACACUCUUCUACGCAACUGCCUAAAGUAGCUCAAACAUCUCACGAAACUUUCACUUCAUCAGACUUCCUGUCGACCUCAGAACACACAGGUACCAGUCCAAGUUAUAUCAGAAUCGAUAUCACCUCCAGAGCGACUCAAACACGGAGACUUUCGAGAUCGAUACCUGGUAGUGGUACCAAGAACAUCUUGGGACCCUCCGGGGAUACAAGCACCAGGUGGAUGAGAUAUUUACCAGCGGAAGCUAUGAGUCAGGCGACCAAGAGGGCCAUGUUGGUGUUAACUGUGACAGGCAGUGCUGUUAGUGUGGAGGAACUCUUCAGCCAAGGUCCCUCUGCAGGCAACUUUAGUCGGCAUCCAGAGGAUGAAUGGGAACUAUGGCAACAAGUGAAGGAAGCUUUGAAGGUACUGUUGAGUACAAGAAACAGGAAACAUCAACACAGUUCCGCGGUACAGCACGAUAGCGGCUGUUCUGAUGAUGGCUGUGCUUACCGCUUUGUACUGCUGGACUGGUUCGAGGAGCUGAUAAACGCGACGGCAACGAGCAACAUGGUUGUGGGGAAAUGGCGACCGCUUCUGCAGAUUGAAGCAAGUAAGAGGCAAGAAGCCAAUAAGACGAGAAAUGGGUCUCGACUCCUCUUGGUUCCGCUGAUUCCACUGUUGAAAGACUGGGCCAGAAUAAAAAAAGAAGGCGUUACGUGUGAAUUUGGAGAUGAUGACAGUUGUGUGGAUUCUGAGCAGACAGGAGGUUCAGAGCUGAUACUGAGAGGAGCGCACAUAGCAGCGAUCGUCAUCUGUUCAGCUCUUUGCGCUGCCGUCCUCGUCAUCGCUGGAGCCGUUGCUAGGAAGCAACUCCUGAAGAAGAGGAUGUCCAAAGGGCCGUACAAAAUUCUCCUCACGCCAUCUGACUUCGUGUUUCCUCACGUCGCUGAUUCUCUUAGGGUUGACGAAGGCAUUGAAGCAAUGCUGUGUUGUUGGUUACAACAGCUGCAGGAAUUUGGUGGACCAGAAGUCGAUAAGCCUGAUCUACUUAAGGGUUCUAUAGGUUCCUUAAGGUCUCACCCGCAGGCUAAAAGCGCUGGCAGUACAACUAGCCUGGCUAGAAACCUUAUGAUGGACCCAAAAGCAAGAUACAAUGGGGAUUUGGUGCAACUGAAGGAAAUCCCUGUUCAGGGAGCGUUCGAACUGAAGAGCAAGGCCAUGGAUGUGCUCGUUACGGUACACGGGUUGCGACACGAGAACCUGAACGUAAUGAUCGGAUGUCUGACGGACGCCAAUCGACCAGCACUGGUCCUGGAGUGGUGCAGUCGGGGAUCGCUCGAGGACGUUCUGGUUCAGGACGAGAUCAAGUUGGACUGGUCCUUCCGUCUGUCGCUCCUUACAGACCUCGUGCGGGGAAUGAGAUAUUUGCACUCCACUCCCAUCCGAGUCCACGGGUAUCUCACUUCCCGGAACUGCGUCAUUGAUGCACGAUGGGUCCUGAAGAUCACAGACUACGGCUUGCCUGCGUUCUACGAAGCUCAGAAUAUCACACCGCCUUCUAAAACUGCUAGAGAUCUGCUGUGGACCGCUCCAGAGUUGCUCCGGAAUCAUUCGCUACUGAAAACAGGCACCCAGGCUGCUGACGUCUACAGUUUCGGUAUCAUCAUGCAGGAAGUAGUUGUCAGAGGGGAACCCUUCUGUAUGCUGUCCCUCAGCCCUGAAGAUAUAAUUGAGAAGGUGAAGCGUCCACCGCCACUGAUACGACCGUCAGUGAGUAAGGGAGCUGCACCUCCAGAGGCCAUCAACAUCAUGAGGCAAUGCUGGGCCGAACAGGCAGAUAUGAGGCCCGACUUCAACGCCGUUCACGACCUCUUCAAGAAACUCAACCACGGCAGGAAGGUUAAUUUUGUCGAUACGAUGUUUCAAAUGCUGGAGAAGUAUUCAAACAACCUGGAGGAACUGAUUCGAGAACGCACGGAGCAGCUGGACAUGGAGAAGAAGAAAACCGAACAACUUCUGAACAGAAUGCUGCCGAGCUCUGUUGCGGACAAACUGAAGCUAGGGAUGCCGGUCGAUCCUGAGGACUUUCGAGAAGUAACGAUAUACUUUUCAGAUAUCGUCGGCUUCACAACCAUCUCAGCAUAUUCUACUCCCUUCGAAGUUGUGGAUCUACUUAAUGACCUGUAUACUUGCUUCGACGCAACAAUCAAUGCUUAUAAUGUGUACAAGGUAGAGACAAUAGGAGAUGCAUAUAUGGUGGUGGGAGGACUCCCAGUUCGAAUUUCUGAUCACGCUGUUCAGAUAGCAACAAUGGCGCUGGACCUGUUGCAUCAAAGUGGCCGUUUCAAGAUACGCCACCUGCCGUAUACACCCCUACGGCUCCGAAUCGGGUUGCACACAGGUCCUUGCUGUGCUGGAGUUGUGGGCCUCACGAUGCCACGUUACUGCCUCUUCGGCGACACCGUCAACACCGCAUCCAGGAUGGAAUCAACUGGAUCUGCAUGGAGAAUUCAUCUAUCGCAAGCGACAAAGGAGCAACUCGAUCAAGUGGGGGGCUUCCAGCUGGAGUAUCGCGGUGAAACUGACAUCAAGGGUAAAGGAAAAAUGCAUACGUACUGGCUUCUGGGUAAGGCCGGCUUCGACAAGCAGCUGCCCACUCCACCCCCCAUUGAGGAAAGCCACGGGCUGGAUGAGCGACUAAUCGAGCUUAGCCGAGCCGGAAGUUCUGGAGUUGCAGCAGAGUAUGGAGGGCGAAUCAUUCCAUCUCGUUCUGAAGACAGCAGUUCCGGGGAUCUGAGUGUUUCCGGUGGCCUGACUUCUCCAUCGAGUCUCUCAGAUGUAAAGAUGAAACUGAGCCCUGACCAGAAAGUUCCGGUGCCUGCUACCCGGAGCUCCGAACAGCAGCCGGAUUCAAAUUCGAACAAUCAGAAGAGAGUGAAAGUGAGUGCAUCUGUUCAUAAUGAAAAGUCAAAUUCGAAAGACGAUCUUAAAUCAAAUGAAGAUACGAAAUCGGAACAAAGUGAACUAUCGCACGCCAAAACAAGCUCUAGGAAAGAUUAUGAAAUGUUGAGGAAUGUUGAUGCUAAUAAAAUUUCAGACGUCAAUUACCAGAUGCCUGCAGGUACGGGUAUUGUUAGAAGUUCAGCCAGCGAUCACCAAAUGACAAGUGGAUUUGGCGUAUCUGCAUCAGACGUAGCAGCUGCACUUCUGGGAGUUUCUACGUCAACACAAUCAAUAAACAACAACAACAUUCCUUUCCGCGGUAGCAGCAGGCAUCGCAGGGGUGUGACCACGCAGGAAGAAGACCUGAGUUCCCCGUAUAACUACUACCGCUGCUUGUCUCCCAGCGAGCAACACCUGAACCAGCACAAUCACUACGUUAAGCCCAUUCACGGCACUGGGGGUUCCAAUCUCGCUUCAAACCGCUUCCUGAAAAGGCAAUUCAGUUUGGAUCGCGGUGAUGAACCUUCUGUGCACUCACUGUCAGGAUCGUCCUCUGUGUCUACAAUGACGCUGGACAGUGCGGCGUCUGUCGGGACGCCAAGAGCAACCUCCACUGGUAGACUCUUCAAGCAAAAUUCAGCCGGGGCGGCACACGACUUGGAACGCAUCGAGGAGAUUCCUCUCGUAAACACGACAGGAGGGAGUUCCCCGAGGUCAGGACGCCCUAAAAGCACCGCUAACGCAAGCUAUUUCAGACAGCGGUGUGAACUUCCACCGUUCACUUCAUCUUCAAUGUCUGUAUCCGUGGAAUCCUUGAACUAGAAAUCAUUUGAGAAAUUCCUCGUAUUCAUAGCAAUAGCGUAGUUCCAGGGUCGGUCAGCUGAUGGACAGAUAAUCGCGCUUUGAUAUGUAAACUGUUCUGAAAUAACAUGUUGCAGCUGAAGAAAUAUCGUGUUAGUGUGUUCACUUACGGACUUUGUAGCAAAAACUCUUACCUGAAAGGCAGUAUUCAAAGCACAUACGAAGUACAAACUCAUACCUUACUUUCAUAAUUACCUUAUUAUUUUCAAAUAUGUUACCUCCUGUCUAUUAUAAACGCUCACUGUAUUAA